AUGGAUACGCCGUUUGAAUACAAGAACGGUACGGAAGUUAGGAUUUUGGGUGCUUGUAACGGUCUUAUUUGCUUCGAUAUUAUUAGUAAUGAAGGUACAAGUAAUAUUUGUAUUUGGAAUCCAACAACUAGAGAAUACAAGGAACAUGUUGAUUUUCCGAUCAACCUCAGGCCUCCUCCAAUAGCCGGGUUAUCUAGCGUCGGGUUUGGUUACAAUGGACAAACUGGAGAUUACAAGAUAGUAAGAAUUACAACAUAUUAUGAAAAACGUGAUUCUUGUGAGGUUCAAGUAUAUACCUUUGGAUCACAUUCGUCAAAAAUAAUUCAUGCCUUCCCUUAUAAGUUUCUCGGUGAUUUAACAUUUCACGGUGUUUUGCUCAAUGCUCUUCGUUGGAUAAGCGAUGCUUCCAACCGUAUGGUUUCUUUUGAUAUUAGUAAUGAGAAAUUCAGGGAUGUGCCAUUGCCAGAAAAAAAAAUUAUAAUACAUCCAACAGAUAGCAACUUGUAUAAUAAGUUGGGAGUAUUGGAAGACUGCCUUUGUUUAGUUUUAGUAACAAUACGUUGGUCCGAGCUGAAGUAUGGGUAA